UCACAGAGUGCGGCGUGGCCGCUCUUCCAAUCACAACCACUAGAGGGCGCGAGGCCACCCACCGCUUCGACCACGGCAUCUGCGCUUGCGCCGCACUGACACUACUUCCGCUUCCCUCCUACCAAUUGCCUUUCGCUCCGCCCCGCGUCUCAACGCCCCGCCUUCGUUGCCCCUAGAGUCUGUUUGUUGACUUCCGGGAGCGCAGUAGUGGUCGAUGCCAAGAGGGUCGCGAUGGGGGCCCCGGGGGCUAGGGCAGUACCUUAGGCCCAGUCGAGUCGCUCCUGCUGUCUUUCCGAAGCAGGCACAGAUUCCCUUUACAGUUUUCGGCAUGGCGGAGGCUGAAUCACUGGUGCCGGAUACGGGUGCUGUGUUUACAUUUGGAAAAACUAAAUUUGCUGAAAAUAUUCCUAGCAAAUUCUGGUUUAAAAAUGACAUACCAGUAUGUCUUUCAUGUGGUGAUGAACAUACUGCGAUUGUGACAGGAAAUAAUAAACUUUACAUGUUUGGCAGUAACAACUGGGGCCAGUUAGGAUUAGGAUCAAAGUCCACUGUCAACAAACCAACAUGUAUCAAAGCUCUUAAGCCUGAGAAAGUGAAGCUUGCUGCGUGUGGGAGGAACCACACCCUAGUUUCAACAGAUAAAGGCGGUGUAUAUGCCGCUGGAGGAAAUAAUGAAGGCCAGUUGGGACUUGGUGACACUGAUGACAGAGACACUUUUCAUCAAAUUGGCUUCUUUACACCUAAAGAGAUCAUUAAACAGCUCUCUGCUGGUGCUAAUACAUCAGCUGCAUUAACUGAAGAUGGAAAACUUUUUAUGUGGGGGGACAAUUCUGAAGGGCAGAUUGGUUUAAAAAAUAAAAGUAAUGUGUGUAUCCCUCAUGAAGUGACCGUUGGGAAGCCGAUCUCCUGGAUCUCUUGUGGCUAUUACCAUUCAGCUUUUGUAACAACGGACGGGGAACUGUACACAUUUGGAGAGCCGGAGAAUGGAAAGUUGGGCCUUCCCAACCAGCUGCUGAUCAAUCACAGAUCCCCACAGCGUGUGCUGGGGAUUCCUGAGAAGGUGGUUCAGGUAGCCUGUGGUGGAGGGCACACUGUGGUUCUCACAGAGACAGUUGUGUAUGCCUUUGGGUUGGGACAAUUUGGACAACUGGGCCUUGGCACUUUUCUUUUUGAAACAUCAGAACCCAAAAUCAUUGAGCGUAUUAAGGAUCAGAAAAUAAAUUACAUUUCCUGCGGAGAAAAUCAUACGGCUUUGAUGACGGAUAUCGGCCUCAUGUAUACUUUUGGAGAUGGCCGACAUGGAAAAUUAGGACUUGGAAUGGAGAAUUUUACCAAUCAGUUCUUUCCUACUUUGUGCUCUAAUUUUUUGAGAUUUACGGUUCAAUUGAUUGCCUGUGGUGGGUGUCAUAUGCUAGUUUUUGCCACCCCACGACUUGGUGCAAUAGAUGAAUCUGAGUUUGAAGAAGUAUAUGAGCCUUACCUAAGUACAUGUUCUUUGCCCAUCAGUGACCUCUCCCCAGGAACUCCAUUGAAUAGAUCUUUAUCAGCGCGCCUGCGGCGAAGAGAGCGGGAGCGACCACCAGGUUCUGUUGCCGUGAUGGGAACACUGCCUCCGUUAGAGGGGACUUCUACCUCCACAUCAGCUCCUUAUUUUCCCCCCACUUCAAUCCCUUUCCGUUUGUCUAUGAACGACUACCCAGAGAAGAGCCCUGCUGAGUCUGUGGGGCCACUGGACUCAGAUUAUUUUGAAGAUAAAAUGAACAAAGAGACAGAGACAGAAAAUUCUUCAGCAGUGGAUUCAGAAAACCUUGGUGAAACUACUGAUGUCUUAAAUAUGACACAUGUGAUGAACCUGAGUUCCAAUGAGAAGUCAUUAGAAUUUUCACCAAUUCAAAAACAACAGAAUCAAGACAUGGUUGAGAAAGUGAUGGAAAGUACACCUUGUACUGAAAAUGAUGAUAGUUAUGAAUAUGAAGAGAUGUCCAAAGUAAAAGAAGGGACAGUAUACAAACAAUAUUUAGCAAAAGGGAUCUUCAUGAUACGACCCCCCGAGAUUAUGGGAGCAUUUUCAGAAGAGGAAGUAGGUAAUGACCUAGACCAGGCGGGGUCUCAGGUCAGCGCUGAUGAGAAGGGUUUACAAACAGAGGCUCUAGAACAGGAAAGUAUGGAAGACAUAGCCCCCGAGAAGAAAAGUGAGGUGGUGGACAUGGCAAGUGUGAAAGAUAGUAGUGAAGGGGACGAGAACACCAAAUCAGAUGCCCUUUUUGAUGACUUCCAAGACAAAGACAUGACCCCCGAGAGCGAAGAGAAUAAAGAUACUGCUCAGGAGAGGAAGAGCGAUGAGCAGAAUUUGAUCUUCGACAGUGAAACAGAAGCGCUAGAAGAACCAGACAGUUACAUGGAGUAUGAAAGGCAGAGUCAGUCAGACAGAGCUGAGGAGGUGGAGCAGGCCAAUGCAGUGGAACCUGGUAGUGACGAGAAAGAUGAUGAUGAGGUGGAGACGGAGCCCUGCCUCUGGUACAGCAGGAAGUGUGCCGAGCAAGACAGCGACAGUGAGCCCAAGGCAGCCAGGCUCGCUGCCAAAUAUGAUAUUCAGCAUGACCACUUGUCAGGGAUCCCAGAGGAGCAGGAAGGCCCAGAGGACCCAGAGAGAAGUGCAGUAGGGGAGCAAGUGGUUCAGGUGCAAGAGGAAAAUGUGCAAUUGGAAGUAGAGAGAAAGGAGGAGGAGGAAGCAGAAAGCCUGUCAGAUGCCAGUACAGAGAAAGAGAAUCAGCAACUUUCAGAACCUGUGAAACCAGAACCAGAAGACAUGGAUAAGCAAAUUAGUGCCCCAAAUGUAGAAGACAUUGGAGAAGAAGAAAGGAAGGAAGAAGUGAAGGAAACUGGAGAAGAAGAGAGUUUACCCGAAGAUGACCUUCCUGGAACAGAAGGCACAGAAACCAUUGAUGUUAUCGAUGACAACCCAGAAGAAAUCACUAAAGAGGAAGACCACAUCAGCCUGCUGCAACGGACCCUUUGUGAGUACAAUGAAAAUCCAAAAGGACACAUGUAUGAUCGUAUAAAGAGCAGUUCUUCAGAAAUUCUGGGAGGUAGUGAAUCAACAAGUAAAGACAUUAAAAAGUCUAAAAAGAUGUCCUUUCUGGGAUCCUUAUUCUCCCUGAAGAAAUCCUUUGGAAGUUGUUUCCAUAGAUGUCUUUUGAUUUCCUUCUUUAAUCGGAUGUCAUUGACAGGUCAGAAAAUGAUGCAAAAUACUAAUGAUCCACUCCCAGAGAUAAAGCCAAUAGGAGACCAAAUAGCCUUACAAAGUGAUAAGAAAGAUGCCAACCAGAACCACAUGGGUCAAAAUCUUCGGGAUACUGCAACACCAAGUAUGGAGGGAAAGUCCAAAUCCUGUACAAUACUAUAAAUGUAUGUUUAUGUUUCCGUGGUCACCGAGCACAUUUGUUCUUCAUACUUGAAAAAUGUUAUGACUUCUGAAGGAAAUUUCCUGAUAACACUGUUAAAAAAGAUAAAAUUAAUGUUUGGCUUGGUUUGAACAGUAUGAACAGAUUUAAUAUUUAUUUAUACUAAUAUUAAUGAGCAGUUUCCAAAAUACUUGUACCUCCAACCCUCCUUGAAGUGUUCUGGCCUUAACUGUUCAGUGUUGCACAAAACAGUAUAUUUUUAUAUUUGAAAGCUGAAUGAAGAUAUUUCAUAGUUUUGCUAACACAGUUAUCAUCCUUUGUAAUUUCCUAAGAUGAUGUUUACGAUCUUAAAACACUGGAACAGUUUUGAAUAUAUUUACAUCAUUUAAAAACAGGCAAAAUUGUGAUGAACUUACUUUAAUAAAUUAUAACUGGUUGGUUCUGCUAUUAAAAUGGA